AUGCAAGAACUUAAUCUUAAAUUUUCACACAUUGAGCAACAAAUAUACCAAAUAGAAAUGUAUCAACGUGGUUGUCCAAUUUUAUAUCCCAGUGGAAAAACAACAAUUAUAGCAUCGGGUUCCCUUGUUCAAAAUUACACAGAAUGUAGUGAAUGCCAUUGUGAUUAUGAAGGAAAUUUGUAUUGCAAGCCAAUAGGGUGUCCAUCUUUGAAUUGUCCUUAUCCAAUGACACCGCUCCCUGGGCAAUGUUGCCCUCAAUGUGGAAAACGGUGUUUAUUCAAUGGUCGCUUUUACGAAAGUGGAGAACACUUUUCGCCAAAGACUUGCACUUACUGUUUUUGUAAGGAUGGUAGAGUGGAAUGUUCUUUUAAAUUUCCCACUCAUUGCCCUAAACUUGAUUGUAGAGAGCAAGAGCUGCCUCCCGGUGAAUGUUGUCCAGUUUGCAGCAACAUUGAUCAUUGCAGAUUUAAAUCAUGUUCACCAAAUGCAACUUGCCAAUCUGGGAAGUACUCUGCUGUUUGUCGCUGUAAAGAGGGUUUUUUUGGAGAUGGACAGGAUUGCUAUGAUAUUGAUGAAUGUUUAAUGAAGGAUAAUACAAAUAGUGGGAAGAACGGAAAAUGUGGAAGAGGCAAUUUUUGUAUUAAUUUACCUGGAUCAUUUCUUUGUAAAUGUUUACCAGGAUUCAGUCCUAUAUUGGAUGAUAAAACAGAAAAUGGGACAAAAAGCUGUUUUGAUUUAAAAAAGUCAUUUAAUUAA